AUGAAUCCUAAGAAAAAGAUUGUGCUUGCGUACUAUGUGUAUAGAAGACUGAAAAAACAAGAGAGAAGAAAAAGAAGGUUUUGGAUACACCCGAUCUUGAAAAAACGGGGAGAAUUAGGCGCAUUUCAUACGCUUGUCAAGAAUCAAUUGAGGGAGGAUGAAGCCAAGUUUUACAAUUAUUUCAGAAUGCAGAAAACAACUUUCGAUAAACUGCUGCAAAAAUUAUCACAGAAAUUAAAGCACCAAGAUACCAAUAUGCGACAAAGCAUACCUCCCGCAGAAAGAUUGGCUGUAACGUUGAGAUACCUAGCAACAGGAGCUACGUUUACAGACCUACACUACACCUAUAGAAUUGGAGUAAAAACCAUAAGUUGCAUCGUACGUGAAGUUUGCCAGUGUAUUUGGUCAGAACUGUGCAAAGAGUAUAUGAAAAUGCCUUCUAAGGAAGACUGGCUACAAAUAGCUAACAAGUUUCAAGAAUCUUCUGAUUUCCCGCUAUGCUUAGGUGCAGUCGAUGGUAAACACAUCAGAGUGAUUAAGCCAGUGGAUAGUGGUUCGAUGUUUUUGAAUUACAAACAUUAUUUUUCUAUAGUUUUAAUGGCGGUAGUAGAUAGCGAUUACAAUUUUAUAUUUGUUGAUAUUGGUGCCUACGGAAAGGAAUGUGAUUCCAGUGUUUUCAAAGAAACUGCAUUUUGGAAAAACUUAACAAACAAUACACUGAACCUACCCGACGAAAUCCGCUUGCCUGGAACAGACUACAAAUUACCGUUUGUGUUUGUUGCAGACGAAGCCUUUGCUCUGCACUAUCACUUACUUCGUCCAUUCGGAGGCCAUCAACUUGACCAAUUAAAACGAACGUUCAAUUAUCGACUCACAAGAGCACGAAGAUUUGUUGAAUGUGGUUUUGGCAUUUUCGCCAAUAAAUGGCGUAUUCUCCACCGGCCACUGAAUGUUUCCAUCGAUUUGGCUGUGGAUAUUGUGAAAGCUUGUUGCAUUUUACAAAAUUUUGUACAUAAAGAGGAAAAGUUUCAGUUUGAUAAUACGAGUGAAAGAGAAUCAACCUUUGAAUCAGAAUCGGAACUAACACAGUUACCUAUGACGAAUGCAGUUCGCGGAAAUUUGUUAGCUAACGAUGUUCGCAACAAAUUUGCACAAUAUUUUAUGUCUAACGAAGCCUGUGUAAUAUCUUUCCCAAAACGUGAAAACGUCCGGCACCAUCGACAAGCUCUCAUGCACUGCGAUACAACACUGAUGAAAAUCACGCCGUCGCCAGACGCGGCGCGCCGAGGGGCUUUCACGGCGAGCACGGCAGCUUUGCCGUAA